UAUCUCUUUAUUCAGUGGUCAUCUGUCAACUGUACAAAAAGAAAAUGAUGUUGAUAUUAAAUAUCAUUUUGCUUCUGCUCAUAUCUGUGGAAGUGAUUGGUCUUCCAUGUUUAACCAACGAAUCCAAAGAAGAUUUCGAUAAAUCCAGAAAAGCCCUAACAGUGGUGCAAAGCGAUAUCGGAAAAGUUGUCAAUACAUUGGAGAGUAACCACCAACAUACUAUUACCGCUUUAGAGUCAGCUCUUAAGAAAACUGUCUCUAUUAUGGAAAAUAAUGUUAAACAGACUACUGGUGUUCUGAAGAACAACCUCGGAACAUUUAAAACUACACUGAACAACAUGGGUGAGAAGAUAAAGAAACUUGAUACAGAUUUCAAAGUGUUGGGAAAAGAUUUUCGAAAAACAAAAUGGAUCAAAUAUGACGGACAUUGUUACUACUACAGUACUGAAUCUACAGAUUGGUUUACAUCAGAGAGAAAAUGUAGAGAAAUUGGAGGAUACCUAGUAAAAACCGACAACGAGGAGGAAAAGAAAAACCUGUAUUCAAAUUAUAACAAAAGCUAUUAUUACUGGAUUGGUUUGACCGACCUCAAGGAAGGAGAGUUUCGUUGGACAUAUGACCAGAGUAAAGCUGUGGUUAAAGAUUGGUAUCCAGGUUAUGGUUCGAAAGGAACAACUCAUAACUGUGUGGCAGUUUGUAAACAUGAUAAUAAAUCAAAACCGUUCGACUACCCCUGCUCUUCUUCGCAUCGAUACAUCUGUGAAAGUAACUUCUGUUUCUGAGACUAUUGUCCCGCUGAAGAGUUUUUGAUGAUAAGAAAAAAAAACUUCUUUUCUUUAAUAAAUUAUCUUUUCAAAUUA